AUGAGUGGCCAUAUUUCUACCGACUUCAGUAAUUUGGGUAGCGAAGACGAAAGUGCUACGGCUCCAGUGGAAAUCACUGGACCACAUGCCGUCCGUGUUGUUCAAGUUGUUGAAGGUGAACAUCACUCGUUUCAACUAGCUAACGAAGCAUUGGAGAAAAUUCUUUUGAAUCCUCGAAUUAUUGAUAAGAAAGUAGCCGUAAUUGGAGUUGCUGGUGCUUAUCGUAAAGGAAAAAGUUUCUUGCUCAACUUUUUCUUGAGGUAUUUGCAAUGGAAGGGUCAACAUCCCGAAGACUCAGAUAAUGAAUGGCUAUCAGAAGAAAAGCCUCUUGUCGGGUUUUCUUGGAGAGGGGGUUCUGAAAGGGAUACGAACGGUAUCCUCAUUUGGAGUUCCCCAUUCAUUCUGAAAGAUAAGAAUGGUGAAGACGUUGUUAUUCUUUUAAUGGAUACACAAGGAGCUUUUGAUUCUCAAUCUACUGUUAAGGACUGCGCCACCAUUUUUGCUCUUUCAACCAUGAUCUCUUCGAUUCAAAUUUACAACAUUUCCCAGAACAUUCAGGAAGAUGAUCUGCAGCAUCUUCAUCUCUUCACUGAAUACGGGCGUCUUGCACAAGAAGAAAAUGACACUGCUGCCUUCCAGAAUCUGAUGUUCCUAGUUCGUGAUUGGGCAUUUCCAUAUGAAGCCGAAUAUGGAUUUAAUGGAGGUCAGAGAGUUUUGGAGAAAAGACUUGAAGUUUCUGACAGACAGCAUUCAGAGCUUCAACAACUUAGAAAACAUAUCAAGAGCUGCUUUGCUCAAAUUAACAGUUUCCUUUUACCUCACCCUGGUUUGAAGAUUGCUACUAAUCCUGCAUUUGAUGGAAAACUUACCGAAAUCGAACCUGAAUUUAAACAACAAUUAAGUAUACUUGUACCCCGUCUUUUGGAUUCUAAUAAUAUCACAGUCAAAGAAAUUAAUGGCCAGAAAAUCACAUGUCGUGAGCUUCUUGAAUACUUCAAGGCUUACGUCAAAGUUUUCCAAGGAGAAAAACUUCCUGAACCUAAAACAAUGCUUAUGGCUACUGCUGAAGCUAAUAACUUGGCCGCCGUUGCAAAUGCUCGUGCUGUGUAUGAGAAGAGAAUGGAAGAGAUCUGUGGUGGAGAUACCCCAUACAUGAGUACUAGCGAGUUGAGCAAUGAACAUGAAAGAUGCAGGAACGAAGCCAUCCGAGAGUUCAGAAACGCCAGAAAGAUGGGAGGAACUGAUUUCAGUUUAGCUUUCCUUGAACGUUUGGAGCAAGAUCUUAUCGAAUCAUAUGACAAAUACAUCAAGGUUAACAAUGGAAAGAAUUUGUUCAAAUCUAUGAGAACUCCAUCAGUGCUCGUUAUUAUCAUGAUCAUUGAUUAUAUUUUCCAAGAGUUCUUCCAGCUUAUUGGACUCGAUGCCAUUGCCGGUAUUUUCUCCUCAAUUCUUGUUCUUGUUAUCGGAGCCUUGAGUGUCUGGGCUUACUCUAGAUAUUCUGGAAAUCUUAGGGAAGCUGGUGGCUGGAUUGAUGAUGCCGUUACGUACGUCUGGGUUAACUUCAUUUCACCCAAUUCCGGAAAACUUGGUGCUUUAGGAGGAGCUAUUCAACUUUCUGACACUAUCACUAAUAGUAACAGAACUUCCACUACCACUGCUCGUAAAAGCCAAUAA